GAAUCGGCCUCACUUCAGGAAUAUAUAUUUCCACUCCAUCAAUCCAAGGACUUUAGAUUCCAGAAUCAGUACAAUGCCUUCCCACGAGCGACAACCACAUGGGCACCGACACCAAACCCAUGUCACCCGCUCCCGUUCCCGCAGUCCCCGUCCCCGACACGUCGACUCGCACCGCGGAUCCAAGCGACGUCGACGGUCCUCCAGCCCUUCUCGACACGCCGACAACCUACCAUACAAUGCCCGUCCGCUAGAGAAGUCCGAUCUGUCCGCCUACCGCGGACUUCUCGGGCUAUACCUUGAUAUCCAGAAGGGCAUGGCCAUCGAGGAGCUCGAUGAGAAGGAGGUGAAGGGGAGGUGGAAGUCGUUUCUUGGAAAAUGCGAGGAGUUAUUAUGAUCCUGAGAUGAAGAAGCGCGUUGAGGAGCAGGUUGCGGCAGUUCCGUCUACCAAGAACGAGCAUGAGAGUCGAGAGCGUGGCCGGAAGAUGGAGCGGACAUCACGAGAGUCAUCGCAGGAGUCGAUAGGUCCGGUUCUUCCCGAGCAAUCUGGCCGCGGGAAGCGAUCUGGUCCCGCCAUACCUACCGCCCAAGACCUGGCAUUACGAAGCGAGAUCGCCGCUGAAGACCGCCACGACAGCCUCCAGGCGCACCGCGCUGCCCGCAAAUCCGACCGUGCCCUCCAAACCGCCCGCCUCGACGAGCUCGCGCCCCGCGCGGACGCCAACACGCGCGAGCGCGCCCUCGAAAAACGUGCCGAUACCACCGCGAUGCACCGCACGUUCGCGGACCGACGCUCACCGGGUGCGGCGGAGGUCGGCGAGGGGGAGCUGAUGGGCGACGAUGGGAUCGAGGGAUACCGGGUGCAGAAGAAGGAGGAGGAGCGGAAGAAGACGGAGCGGGAGGUGAGGAAGGAGGAGAUGUGGAGGGCGAGGGCAGAGGAGCGGGCGGAAAGGUUGGAGAGGUAUCAGGAUAAGGAGAGGGGGACGAUGGAGAUGUUGCGGGCGUUGGCAAAGGAGAGGUUUGGGUGAGGGAGGGUGGGUGGCCUGGGCUGGGGUUUUACAGAAUGGGUCAUAGGAUGCGUAUGAAACACAGCUGGAUAUUGUUUCAUUGCCGCUAGGGAUACGGAAUAUACAGUAUGGGGUUGGCUCAGCCCUCGUUCGAUGUCACUGAAUGAUUUAUGCUUAGAGAGCUGGACUUGCGAAGACGUGCCCAUUCCGCAAGACCUAGGAGGUAACGCAAUAAAACCUUCCCAGCCGCUUUGAAUACCUUCAGC